CGCAUCAAACGCACUGUAAUCGUUUUUUUCCCGUCUUGACAGCAACCAAUUCUUUCCCGACACAGCCAGGAAGAAUCAAUACCGCAACCAUGGUCAAGAAGAGAAAGAACAACGGCCGCAACAAGAAGGGCCGGGGCCACGUCAAGCCCAUCCGUUGCUCCAACUGCUCGCGAUGCACGCCCAAGGACAAGGCAAUCAAGCGCUUCACCAUUCGCAACAUGGUUGAGUCCGCUGCUAUCCGUGAUAUCUCGGACGCUUCCGUCUUCGCCGAGUACACGGUUCCCAAGAUGUACCUCAAGCUGCAGUACUGUGUCUCUUGCGCUAUCCAUGGCAAGAUUGUCCGUGUCCGCUCAAGAGUUGGUCGCCGUAACCGUGCCCCUCCCCCGCGUGUCCGCUACAACAAGGACGGCAAGAAGGUGGUUCCUACCCAGCAGACCGCCAAGCCCCUUGGUGCCGCUGGUGGUGCGACCGCAUAAGUGCGCCGUUGCAGGUGUUGGGGUUGAGGUUCAUGGAUGGGAAAUGGUCAAGGGAAAAUGGCUUUGCAUCUACGUCACUGGUACCUGGCAUGGUUUCUCAGAUAACGACAUCAAUGAAUCGAGUCAGUCGGAACAAUCUAAA